AUGUUGUCAGAGUCGAACGGUCCUUUAAAUGCAAGCAACAAGGCUCCUUCAACAGAGGGACGUGAUCCUGCCUAUUUUUCGUAUUAUGCCAUGCUCCAGCAUCAGCAAAAUAUGCUUCAAGAUACAGUACGAACUUCCACUUACCGCUCGGCAAUACUUUUGAAUGGUCCUGUAUGCUUUCAAGACAAACUAGUCUUGGACGUUGGUGCUGGCUCAGGGAUCCUAUCAUACUUUGCGGUUCAAGCUGGAGCGCGUAAAGUAUUUGCAGUUGAAGCUUCAAAUAUGGCCGAGAAAAUGCAAAAGGUUGUUGAUGCUGCUAAUUCUUCAGAUGCCGAAGCCUUGGGAAAGAAUGCUUUCUUAAAGGAUAAGAUUGAAGUCGUUCAGGCCAAGAUUGAACAACCAAAUCUUCCAAUUCCGCAAGUCGACACGAUUAUUUCUGAACCUAUAGGGGUUUUGUUGAUUCAUGAGAGAAUGCUUGAAAGUUACCUUUAUGCUCGAGAUCAUUAUUUAAAACCUGGAGGUACCCUUUUUCCUUCAACUGGAUCGAUAUUUCUUGCCCCUUUUACAGAUGCUGCUUUGUGGAGUGAGACUAUGAGUAAAGCGAGGUUUUGGGAACAACCAUCUUUUUACGGUGUAGAUUUAACUUCAUUAUAUACCGAUGCUAAAGAUGAAAUGUUUGGUUUCGAUCCACGUACCUUAAUUGCACCAGCUAACCCAGGAGGAUUUAUUAUUGAUUUCUAUACAAUAAAAUUAGAAGAAUUACAAGAUUUUACAGUACCAUUUAUUUGGCAAGCAUCAUAUACGGGAAUUGUUCAUGGUAUAGCAGGAUGGUUUGAUUUACAAUUUUCACCACCAGCCACGAUACCAAAUGGUAAUCCAGUUACCAUGACAACAAACCCAUCGGCGGAGAGAACACACUGGCAACAAGUAAGAUUUUUAUUAAAGGAACCGUUAGCGGUUAACGCAGGACAAACUAUACAAGGAUGGAUGAGAUGUGUAGUAAAUGAAAUGAGAUCAUAUACUAUAGAAGCUGAAAUAUUAUUAAUAAAUGAUGGAACCGGUCAAUUGUCAGAUCCGUUGUCAUCCCCAUCACCUAUACUUCACCUGGAUUUUAAUAGAAGAAGAAAUAAAUGGAAGUUACAUGAACAAACCUACAAUUAUAAUUAUUAUCCACAAACUGGUAAUGAUAACAUUUUUAGACCUGAAUAUAAUUGUUUAUAUGAACCCGAGCAACCUUUAGAUGUUACGGUCGUUGUUGAAAAUAAUAAUUUGUUGGAUGAUACUACUAAUAAUCAAUUUGUCCUUUAA